AUGAUUAGAUAUUUGGAGUGUCUGUGUAGUUGUAGCUGCUUAAUUGCACACUUGUUUAGUGUGUUUGCAACAAAAGAUCCUUAUCCACAUGAUGUGAUUUUUUGUGGAACAUUUACAAGCUUUAUUUUGGUCUCAAUUCUUGCAAUUACUCAUCAAUCAACAGGAUCUUUUAAUUAUUAUAUUGAAGGAGCAACAGCAUUGAUAGGAUUUGUGUUAUUUAUCUUUUCAUCUAUCUGGACCAUGGUUUUAGUCGAAAUGGAUGAGCAUCUUCCGUGGUUGUCUGAAAAGCAAGAGUAUGAUCAUCCAUUUUUCAUUAAUAAUCGAGUCCAGAGCGUCGGUGCAUUAAUUACUGCAUUUAUAUUUCUAUUGCACUUCAUAUUUACAAUCGACUACUUGAUCAACAAAUCAGAAAGUCGAAAGACAGAAGGUGACAAUGAUUCAACAACUAGUCUUUAUUACCAAAAUAUAUCUGUUGACUUGGAACUUUAUUUCUUCCCUCAACACAUGUGGAAUGGAAUUGUUAAAGCUGGAAAGAAAAUGAAAUUAAAAUUUUGUAAAUAA